UUUACUCUCGUGAUUAUUUAAAAUGUUUUCCACGAGUUUUUAGUAAACCUCAUCAAAAGCAUUAUGGUGGCCGUCUGCGAGCCUUGAAACGUACCCUCAAUGCAACAGAUGACUGUUCCUGUGAUUACGGGCACGAAUUGCAUUUCAUUAUCGAACAAGAUUAACUACUUGCAUUCUCUAUUAUACUCAAAUGUAUAUUGUAAUACUGGUGUAAUCACUCUUCAAGAGACUUGGCUCCAUGAUUCAUACGACGACAAUUUAGUCUCCUUAAGUGGGUUCACAAUCUACAGACAAGACCGAUGCAGCUCGAAGAAGAAGAGAGGUGGUGGUGUUGCCACUUUUAAUAAUUCUCAGUGGUCUACUGCCAACAACGUCUGCUUCAAAUUCUCAAAUGACAAUAUUGACUGUAUAACUGUAAAAUGUCGACCUAAACACUUACCCAAAUACAGCUCCAUUUUUGUCACAAAUAUCUAUAUCACACCUUGUUGCAGUCCCUCAGAACUAUCUAUCUUCGCUGAUGAAUUCACUAUUUUUGCUGCUGCUUCGUUUGGUAACUCCUUAUCUAUAGUGACCGGCGACUUCAACUCCAGCGACUGCAUUUUUAUUACAUUGCUGGGCCAUGCAAAUGUUGUUAAUUUCCCAACUCGACAAAAUACUUCACUUGAUUUAGUAUUUGUAAAUGAUUCUGGAAUAUACGAAGCUCGUAAAAGAGCCCCGCUCUUCAAUUCUGAUCAUUGUAUUGUACGAGUCUUACCCAAAAUUUACGGAAAGCUACACAGUAAAGCCCUCUCAAACUUGUCUAAGAAAGCUGUUCACAUAUGCUACUCAAAUGAGAACGUAUAUCAUCUUAGAAACAUGCUCAGUGACACAAGAUGGGAUUUGUUUAAUGUUGAUUCACUUAAUGACAAUAUCUCUAAUAUUACAUCCUAUCUGAAAUUCUGUUUAGAAAUCUGUUGUCCAAAAGAAACACUAUUCGUCAAAUUUGACCGUUUCUCCUCGCCUCAACUUAAAAAGCUUCGUAGAGAGAAGGAAAAACUAUAUAAAAUCAAAGAUAAAAUUGGUGUAAAAAGAACUAACUUCUUAAUUAAGUCUGAAAUGCAGAGGUUGAAUGUAAUAUAUAACCAGAAAUUCAUGUCCUGCAAAAAUCCUUCUAAUAUGUGGAAACUAUUUAAGGAAAUCACUGGUGGUUACAAUGGUUACUUCUGCAAUCAUCCAGCUUCUUCAGAUGCUUUUAUGAAGUAUAAAUAGAGGAUAUGAAUGUGCAGGAUGGAGUAUUUGUGAUAUUAUGA